AAUUACUCUGAAUCUAGACUUGGCUUUUUUGCUCUCUUUUGCAAACCCAAAAUCCUGGUUACCAUUUCAAUCGGGAUUUUCCUGGGGCGUCGAAGUCAAACCCCUUCCUUAUAAAUUUGUCCUACGUUUGAAGUCCUCAAACAAACUUCAGCUUUCAAAAGUUAACAGCGUCACAACCAAACUUUUCUUGUGCUUCACCACCAUCAUCCGUGAGUACGUUCUUGUACAAGUGAUUCUCCUAAGAAACCAAAUGGGUAGGGAAAGCCGUCAGCUUCAUAUUUUCUUCUUCCCUUUUGUGGCUCCGGGCCACAUGAUCCCGAUGAUCGACAUGGCCAAACUGUUCGCCAUGAGAGGCUGCAAGUCCACCCUCAUCGCCACCCCUCAUGACGAGCCCACCUUCUUGAAAUCCAUCGCAAAACCCCGGGAUUCAGGCUUCGACAUCGAUGUUGUCACUGUGUCAUUGCCCCUGAAAGACGUCGGCUUGCCAGAAGAUUGUGACAAUCUGAACAAGGCCGCUACGAUGGAUAUGCACAGGCAAUUCAUGAGGGCCGUCAUGAUGUUGGACCGACAGCUCGAGCUGCUGAUGGAGAAACUCGCCCCCGAUUGUCUAAUCUCGGACAUGUUCCUCCCCUGGACAACCGAGAUUGCAGCCAAGUGCGGCAUUCCUAGGCUUGUUUUCCACGGGACUAGUGCCUUCUCCGUGGGAGGCACAGAAUGUGUGAGGCUCUAUGAGCCUCACAAGAAGGUGCUGUGUGAUUCGGAGCCCUUCGUCAUCCCCAACUUCCCUGGAGAAAUUACACUGUCCAGGAUGCAGUUGCAGGACUUCGUCAGAGAAGAGACCGAGUUCACCAAGUUCUACGCUCAGGUGAAGGAAUCUGAGAAGAGGAGCUUCGGAGUCGUCAUGAACAGCUUCUACGAGCUCGAACCAGCUUACGCUAAGCAUUAUAGUACAUUCCUAGGAAGACGAUCCUGGUUCAUCGGCCCGCUCUCGUUGUGCAAUAAGGAGAUUGAGGACAAAGCACACAGGGGCAGCCAAGCAUCCAUUGACCAGCAUGAGUGCGUGAAGUGGCUUGACUCGAAGCAACCCAACUCAGUGAUUUACAUUUGCUUCGGAAGCAUGGCGAAUUUUAAUGCUGCCCAGCUCCACGAGAUCGCAGUCGGACUAGAAGCAUCGGGGCAACAAUUCAUCUGGGUGGUGAAGAAGGACCCGAUUGUGGAAGAAGGCAAAGAAGAGUGGUUGCCUGAUGGGUACGAAUCAAGAAUCCGAAACAAGGGCCUCAUCAUCAGGGGCUGGGCUCCUCAGGUGCUGAUUCUUGAUAAUGAGGCGAUUGGGGGGUUUGUGACGCACUGUGGGUGGAACUCGAUCCUGGAGGCAAUCACGGCUGGGGUGCCAAUGGUGACGUGGCCAGUCGCGGCGGAGCAAUUCUACAACGAGAAGCUCGUGACCCGAGUGCUCCAGAUCGGGGUCAACGUUGGGGUGAAGCGGUGGGUGAGGUACUUCGGCGACAGCGUGAAGAGCGACAGAGUGGUGGAGGCAGUGAAGAGAGUCCUGGUAGGUGAGGAAGCAGAGGAAAUGAGAAGGAGAACAAAAGCACUGUCAGAGAUGGCGAGAGGGGCCGUGGAAGAAGGAGGGUCGUCUUGGUCUGAUUUGGGUGCUCUCCUUCAAGAGCUCAGACUGCAGAGAUUGGCUCGCCAGAAGAAGAUCUGAUUCAAGAACUGAAGCAAUUACUCUUGAAGUUUUGCUUCCGGAGAAUAAAAAUGAAGAAAUAGAAAAUCUUCUGUUCUAAACUGUAGAGUCUCUGACUUGGUGUUAAAGCAGAGAAAAAUGCUGGAUUUGCUGCUUCUUUUCCUGGGAUUUAUUCUGGAAAUACAUCUUUUUCAUUUCUUUUGAGGUAGCAGGCAAAGCAAUCCAUGAUUUUCGAUUCUUUCGUGCCGAAGAAAUUAAAGUUUCUCAAAAUUGCAAUUUCAACAGGAAGAUGCCCUGUCCCUUUUCCGAAUUCUGUCUUGAGACACAGGUAGCGUAGAAAUCUUGGCAAACAGACAAAAGAAAGGAAAGAGAGGAAAAAAGCAGGAGUAAGAAGAAAGGAAGAGGAUGACAGACUCAACCGCAUCAGUCGUAUCAUGUUAAUGACAGAUUUGGCUGUUGCACGACUGUUCUUCCGAGAUGUAUAUAGCUUUUCAGUUGGCAACAGUUUUAGAGAAAAGAUGGCGAGGUACUAA